AUGACUUCUGAGGAUAAACGUCGUUGCGCGGUGUGCAGUGAUAUUGCUUCCGGUUAUCAUUAUGGUGUUUGGAGUUGCGAGGGAUGUAAGGCAUUUUUCAAACGAAGUAUUCAAGGUACGAAUGAGUACAUUUGUCCUGCAACAAAUACUUGUACGAUUGAUAAACAUCGUCGAAAAAGUUGUCAGGCGUGCCGUUUGAGACGUUGCUAUGAAGUCGGAAUGACCAAAGGCACGACCCGACGAGAGCGCAAGUAUCGUAAGAAGGCCGUGUCUGUCUGUAAAAUCACAUCGACGUCAUCGAAUUCUAACGCUAUGAAUAAUCCAUCCGCUCAUAAUCAUGAUUCUGGAUUGCCGAUGGCAACUAAUAUGUCAGGAACACCGACAUCGGGGACACCAUCGAUAUCUCAAAUGAAUAACGCAGAUUUCUCAUCCACACAAUUAUCAACAAAUAAAACAACUACAGAUUCUACGCGGAUAUCGAUCACAUCGGCAGAAUUCAUCAAUACGCUGUCUCUAGCGUCACGAUUGAAUUUACCAGCAAAAGUUGACUUAAGUCGCCCAUUGACUGAUCAGUAUUUUCUUCAAUUACUCGCAAAAAUCUUCGAUCAAGAACUUGUUGUGUUGAUCAACUGGGCUAAGGCAAUGCCAGGUUACACGGAAAGUUUAACUCUUGAUCAACAAGUGACGAUUAUCGAGCAGAGUUGGCUAGACACACUAAUUCUCGACGUAAUCGAACGCUCUCUCGAGCGUAGUGAUGACACACUUCAUUUUGCGCCUGACUUUAUCAUUUCACGGAAUCGUGAUCUAUCUAGUCCAGGCCUCGGUGCAAUUUGCACAAGCUUAUUCAAUAUUCUUCAAGCAUUUAAAGAUCCACGAACGACGCACGAAGAGUUUAUUGCAUUAAAGGCAACUAUUCUGAUUAACUCAAUUCCAGCUACAAUUACAACAACGAAAUCAUUUCGUCUCCUCACCAAUCAAAUCUAUCAAGCAAUACAAUACACAUGUGAUUCGAAUCCAAGUGUGUACCAUGAUAAUUACAUUCGUCAUUUCACAUUAUUAUUACAAUUGCCACAUAUAAAAAUUCUAAGUCUCAAGCUCAUACGAUUGUUCGUCGAGAUGCGAACUAAUGACUUGUUACCGCAAGCUGAUCUUCUAUUAGAGAUGCUUGAUGCACAAGACUCACUUGACUUGAAUAAUAGUUUUCUAUCAAUGAAUACUGAUAUCAAUAGUCUAGCAUCGGAUAUAAAUCCAAACUUGCCUACAAAUAAUAACAAUAUGGAAAAUACGACUGCGUCAGCAACGAUUAACAAUUCUACUAUUCAACCAAACAAUUACCAAGCCACUGGCGGCAAUUUCAAUCCGAGGCAAGAAACAGUCGAUCAAGCUCAGAAUGUCAAUGAUUUAAACAGUCAAAUGAAUUAUCGAUCGACGUCAUCACCAAUGUUAUAUCCAAAUGCAUCAUCUGAGAAACGUUCACCCGCCACUCAAUCUCUUCCCUACUACAAACAUUCUAAUUCUGAAACACUUUCCAAUUCAACGCCACAAAAUCUGCAUUUUCAAAUGAAUAAUCUAUCGUAUUAA